AUGACAGACUCCAGCGAGGAUGCUCCAAAGCUUGGCCCGCGUCCCUCACAGCACAUCCCAAAGCCACAGGGGACCCCACUCCCAAAGAAGAUCCUACAGCGCAUCUUUGGGACCAGCCAGGCGUUCCGGAGCUUUGAUGAAAUAAGACCAACGGUCACUGGGUUAACAGUUCCCCUCAAAGUCAGGGAGUACUACUACCGAGGAUAUGAGUGCUUGGAGCAAGAAGACUGGGAGUUGGCUGUGCUGUUCUUCUCCCGUGCCCUCCACCUGGACUCCCAGCUGGUAGACUUCUAUGCCUUAAGAGCCGAAGCCUACAUCCAGCUCUGUGACUUCUCCUCGGCCAUCCAGAACCUGCGAAGGGCCUACGCCUUCCAGCCAGAGAACACCACGUUCCUGAAGCGGCUCACCUUGGUGCUUUACCUGCAGGGCCAGUGCCUGUUUGAGCAGCAUGCCUAUCUGGAUGCCCUGAAUGUCUUCUCGCAAGCGUUUGAGCUCCAGCCCGAUAAACCCUGCUUCCGUUACCGAUGCAUGGCCUGUCUCCUGGCCCUCCAAAGACAUCACGACUGCCUCCUACUUGUCACCAAGGAGGUGAAGCAUGGCACGACCAAUGCCGAUAUCCACAUCUUCCGGGCCAGGCUCUAUAACUUCCUCCAGAAGCCCAACCUCUGCUAUCAAGACCUGCACAGUGCCUUGCUGUUGGAUCCCAAGCACCCACAGGCCAGGUCGCUGCUCAAGAUCAUGGUCAGCCAGGCCCAAAAGUCAUAUCAAGAUGCCAGGAUCCUAGCCGUGCAGGGAAAGCUGCUGCAUGCACUGCAGUGUGUCAACUGUGCCAUCGAGAACAACCCUCUAGACCCCAGACUCUUCCUCUUCAGGGGCACCAUGUACCGACGGCUCCGGGAGUUUGAUGCCGCUGUGGAGGACUUCCUGAAGGCGCUGGACAUGAUGACGGAGCACCAGGAGGACAUGAUGCGGCAGGCGCAGCGCCAGCUCCUGCUGACCUACAACGACUUCGCUGUGCACUGCUACACGCAUGGCGCCUACCAGGAGAGCGUGCUGCUGCUCAACAAGGCCCUCAAGGACGAGCAGCAGGAGAAAGGCCUCUACAUCAACCGCGGCGAUUGCUUCUUCCAGCUGGGCCACCUGACCUUUGCCGAGGCGGACUACCUGGAGGCGCUGGCGCUGAGUCCGCACGACGAGGGCGCCAACCUGCGCAUGGGCCUGCUGCAGGAGAGGAUGGGUUACCGCGAGCACCGCAGCAAGCAGUUCAGUAAGGCGGAGAGCCACUUCUCGAUGGCCAUCCAGCACACUCCCGAGAGGGCGCAGUGCUACGUGCAUCGUGCCAAGAGCCGGCAGCUCAUGCAGAACAUUUUUGGGGCUCGCCAGGACAUUGCAACUGCCCUGCUCCUUGACCCUAAGCAACCGAAGCUGCUCCCGCUGAUGACCAACCUCUUCCCGGACAUGUCAGUGGAGGAGGUGCUUGGCAGCCAGGUGGCCCACCUGGCCAGGCUGCAGCUGAGUCAGGUGAUGAAAAGCAAGCUGCAGAAGAGCAUGUCUCAAGGCAUCAUAGGGCAGCUCUGGAAGCAGGAACUGGAGCGCCAGAAGGCCCAGGGCCUGCAGCUCUCAUGGGAGGAGGAACCGCCUUUGUGUGAGACCUCCGAGAAGCCAGACUCCACUCCCCAGACCCUGGAGGCAGAGCCAAAACCCCCACAGGAGGCCACGGGUGCCAAGGAAGAGGAGAAGCCGGAGCCUGCUCUUAGCAAGGUGAGGUCCCUGUCCGCCAGCUACUUCGAGCAGACCUCUUCAGGCUCCGUCCUGGGCUUCAGGACCCUGUCCACCUCGGAGACGGAGACGUCCAUUACCUGGCAGUACAGGAGCAACUCGACCACCACCGGGACAUUCUCUGAUUCCUCACUGCUGAAGACUCUGUCCUCAGACUUGGGAACCAACAGGGAAGACCUAAGCCUGAGCCACAGGCCCAGAGAAACUCAGGUUUCCUGGGGCCAGAACCAGAAGUCCAGCAAGACGGAGACCAUGCAGAGCGAGAGCCAGAGCCAGAUGCCAAGCAAUACCAAGGCCACCCGAGGCCCAAGGCAGAAGCCCGACAAGACCAAAACCACCCAGGUCUCAAAGCAGAGGCUCAGAAAGACCAAGGCUGCUCGUCGCCGGAGCCGGGGACCCAGCAAGGCCAAGGCCACCCGAGGCCGCAGCUGUGGACUGACCCGGAGUUCCAGCAAGACGAUGACUGUCUAUGACCCAAGUUGGAGCCCCGGCGACACUGAGGCCACCCAGGGCCAGGGCCAGAGGCCCAGCAACACUGAGGUUCCCCAGAGCUGGAGCCAGAGCACAAGCCCAGAGUUUAGCAAUAUCGAUGUCACCCAGGACCUGAGCCAGACCUCCAGCCAAACCCAGGCUGCCCAGGCCCCCUCCCCUGGCAGCUACACUGUCCCCUGA